CAAAAACAUGACGAAGAAAAAAAUGGGUUUGAAGUCACCAAAUAUCGCUGCAUUUGUGUUACCAAUGCUUCUUAUACUUUUCACUAUUUCCUCUCAAGUUGAAGUUGUGGAGUCUACAGGCCGCAAACUUUCGUGGGGGUUUAACGGAGCACCUAUCAUAUUUACCCCACCCUCAAGUUCAUGUGGAGGUUCUCCGGCAGCAACAAUGGCUUCCGAGUGGAUGCCAAGCCGACCUUGCAGACGUACUCGUCCUCCCGGAACUAAUAUCCCUGUUUCUCAAUCUCCUUAAUACUCACCUAAUACUUCGAGUUUGUGUGUCUUUUGUAUCAGGAUUUUUAAGUUACAUCCUCCUAUAAUAAAGUGUCUUUGGUUUUCUGUUUUAGUUUCUUGUCUCAAGUGUAAACCAAUGUUUGUCACAUACUAUGAACUAAUGAAGGAACUAAAACUUU